CACGCACACACGCGCAUCUAUUUGCUUGAAGUUGAAGUUGCAAGCAGCAGCAGCCGGCGCACGUUUGCCACGCCUUCAGAUGCCCGACGCACUAAACAAAUACAAUUUAACUUCCACUUUCAACGCUCACUAGCUGACCCGUCCCUGCCCACAGCUGCCACGCCCCCGACUCUAGAGCCCGCCACCAGCGUUGACUGCUGAAGCCAAGUCAAUUAGCGGGCGGCAGCUCCCCCCGAGGCGUGGCUAGCUAACGCAUUCAAUUAAAGUUUACCCCUAGCCUCACACCGCCCCGCCCCCUGGACCUUACCGCCCACACCGCUCCCCACUCAUUCAUUAAAAGUUUAGCUCGCAAAAAAUGAUUGCUAGAUACAUGGAAAAUACAUUUUGAUGCCGCAGACUAAUCACAGCUGACAGCCAACACACACAGCAGGGUUGCAGUAUGUGCGAGGGGGCGUGGCAGGAGUGAGCUGAGCAGCUGAGCAGCUGAGUUUAAGUUAUCAAUAAGCCGAGUGGCCACAUGGCGCAGUGAUUGGACGCUGACAACGACAGCCAGAAGACGCAUAAGCAAAAUAAAUGCACACGUGCUUAUCAGCUGGAGUGCAGCACGUGCUUAGCCUCGACUUUGAUGCAGUUGUUCGGGUUUUGUGCUGGCCUUAAAAGCAGCUGGCUGCAGUGCAAGCGUUAGCAAUUUGAUCCAAGCAACAACAUGGCUAACACACUGAGGCAACAAUUGGCGCUGCUCUUGAUCGCUGUCAUGGUAGCUCUGCAGCUGUCGCACGCCUGGCUGUUGAAGCUGCCCAAGCUGGAGGACCUGAGCGAGAAGCUGGAUGAGAAGCAGCAAAAGGAGGCACUCAAAAAAUUAGAUUUUCUCAAUCUGUUCGCCGCCAAAGAGGAGAAGAAGGCGGACGAGUGGGAGAAGAUCAAGGAGUGGUUCGAAGACAAGAAACUCAAGCAGCUGGAUCUGUUCGAGGCCAUCAAGGAAAAGGAGCAGGAGAAGAAGGAGAAACUCGUGGAGAAGCUGGAGGAGAAGCUCGACAAGAAGCUCAAUAAGAAGCAGAAGAAGAUAGCGAAGCCAACCACCGAGUGCGAUAAUCAGUACUACGAGUACACCACCAAGGCCAGCUAUAAGGCCGAGUCCGAGGAGAAGUACCAAGAAGAGGCGGAGGAGGAGGAGGAAGAGCAGCAGGAGGUGGUGGUAGUGAAGAAGCCCAAAAAGACCUGCAACUGUCCGGAGGAAGAGAAGUCCUACAGCUAUGUGCCCACGGCAUACGAUGUGCGCGACGACGACGAAGAGGGCAUACGUUACUUCACAUAGACAGACAGCCAGAGAGACGG